AUGUCUACGGCAGUGGCUUCUGCGCCUGCAGCCUCGUUGUCUUCGCCGCAUACCAACCGCGAUCGCAGCCCCAAGAACUGUCCGACCUUGGCCCCGGUGAAUUCUUCGCCGCCUCGGAAUCCUCAGGAUGAUUCAGCAAAGGAAUCUCCCAAGAACCUCUCGUCUCCGAUCACGGUGAAAAAGGAGCCAGCUUCAUCACCUAAGAUCCAGUCUCGUCCCCGACCACGCAAGUUAGACUUAUCCACCAGCCUGCCAUCGUCGAGUGGUCUUACUGUUCGCCCGCCCGGAGGACCCAUGACUGCUCGCGAUGGCGUCAGAAUGCAGGACCUGGGUAUGGCGUGCUUGUCGCCGGGCUUCCAAACUCACGACCCGGCGAUGCGGGAACAGCUUCAGCGCAGUCUUUCCGUCCGGGAUCAGCAACGGUCGAUCAUCGAGUCGCGACUUCAGAAAUCAGCGAAGAAUGAUGGCCCGGAUGGCGUCAAGCCGUCCGAGGCGGGGUUUAUGAACAUGCCCAAGUCUUCCAAGCGACGACCGCCGCCAGGUCUCUCGAUUGUGCCUCCAUCCGCCUCACAAUUCGCCAAUGAGCGCGUCGUGCAGUCGGCGCCGCUCAACCAAACCUUCACCGGCCGAUAUCAACCCCAGCCUCUAACCCGCCAUGUUGUCAACCAGAGUCCCACCCUCGGCUCAACCUCGCAUAUGCACCAAGUCCCCGCCAACCAGACGAAUAAUCGCCUCCCCCUCUCUCGGAUGUCUUUGGAUCUGAAUCGCUGGGUCGCGACCGUGAUGCCCGUCAAGGGCUGCCAGUCUCAGAGCCGGCCUCGUGAGUACCGAUCUGCUGAAGAAGCAGUCCAAGAAUUGUCCGGCGGCCGCGAGGAGCUGCUGCCUCGCAUCGUUCACUAUGGCGGUCACCAGCCACCCACCCCGCCAUCCCCUCAAACGAUGCAUAUGGCCCCCAAAACGGCCCCCUUGGCCAGUGAAGGUGCAGCCCAUGCGGCGCAUGCUGCGAUGCUACACACCGCCGAAGUCACCGCGCGUCGCCGCCCGCGCAGUGAGUAUGAGAAUGACAAUGGCAGCCCGCCCCUGGGCCGUCAACCUGACCCUCAUUAUCGCCCCAAUCCUGCUACCCAACCGGGUCCCAACUCCACCUUCUAUGGUCCAUUUGGCGCGGGUCGGGACUCGCCUGAAACUCAGCGGAAGAAAAAGGAGGAAUUCCUGGGCCUGUGUGCCCGAGCGUGGGAUCUGUUUCACUCUUGA